UUGUUCCAGAGAAGCAGUAAGAAUGACAUUCAGGCCUUCAGUGCUGUAGCUGGGCACACCACCACGCUCAACACUCAGAUCGCGAUGAGACUUCUAGCAAUUUCUCCUUCCUGCCUUGCAGCAAAUAACAUUUAACAGCUAUGAAGUGCAAAUGAAGAGCAGUAGCAAAUAAUAACUGGUAGAUUUAAUAUAAUUUUUGCCAUUCUUCUGAAAAAUGAAGACCAUAUUUCUUGUGAUUCACAUUAGCUUGCUGCUACAUGCUGUUUUCUCUGCUCAGGGUCGAUUUGCUCAAAAACUGUUGAAUGACCUAAUGGAGGGCUAUUCUAAUGCUUUACGGCCUGUGGAGGACACAGACAAAGCCCUUAAUGUCACUCUACAGAUCACGCUUUCACAGAUUAAAGAUAUGGAUGAAAGAAACCAGGUGCUGACUACAUAUCUGUGGGUUCGUCAGAUCUGGCAUGAUGCUUACUUGAGCUGGGAUAAAGAAGAAUAUGAUGGACUUGAGGUCAUCCGCAUUCCCAGCAAUCUUGUUUGGAGACCAGACAUAGUUUUAUAUAACAAUGCAGAUGAGGAGGACUCCUCAGGACCCCCAGACACUAAUGUGGUGUUGAGAUAUAAUGGUGAGAUCACAUGGGACUCCCCUGCCAUCACCAAGAGUUCUUGUAAGGUGGACGUCUCCUAUUUCCCCUUUGAUAGUCAGGAAUGCAACCUUACCUUUGGCUCCUGGACCUACAAUGGCAACCAGGUGGACAUUGCUAUGGGCAUGGAGAGUGGUGAUCUUUCAGAUUUUGUGGAUAACGUGGAAUGGGAGUGUCAUGGCAUGCCAGCUGUCAAGAAUGUCAUAAUGUACGGUUGCUGCUCAGACCCGUACCCUGACAUAACGUACACAGUCCUGCUCAAGCGGCGUUCUUCUUUCUACAUCUUCAACCUGCUUCUGCCGUGUUUCCUCAUCUCUUUCUUGGCUCCACUGGGCUUCUACCUGCCGGCUGAUUCUGGGGAGAAGGUCUCGUUGGGGGUGACGGUCCUGCUGGCUCUGACUGUAUUUCAGCUGAUGGUAGCUGAAAGUAUGCCACCUUCAGAAAGUGUUCCAUUAAUUGGAAAAUAUUACAUUGCAACAAUGACCAUGAUAACAGCCUCUACAUCUUUGACUAUAUUCAUUAUGAAUAUACACUUCUGUGGAGCAGAAGCUAAACCGGUGCCCCACUGGGCCAAAGUUCUGAUAAUAGACUACAUGUCAAAGAUCUUCUUUGUGUAUGAGGUAGGAGAGAACUGCACAACACCUGAAAGUGAUCGAGGCCCAUUUUUCUCUGAAGAUCCACUGGCUAGCCUGGAGAGAGAUGGGUAUUUUGACAAAGGGUUUUAUGAAGACUGUCACCUUGAUGAGAGAAUCCGCAGUCAGUUUAAUGGCUACAAUAAGACAACUACUGGCACAGGGUGUGUCUGUGGAAAACAUCAGAAAUUGGUGCGAAACAUUGAGUACAUAGCUAACUGUUUCAGAGAGCAGAGGGGACACCAGGCCAAAGGGGCCGAGUGGAAGAAGGUUGCCAAGGUGAUGGACAGGUUCUUCAUGUGGGUGUUUUUCAUCAUGGUCUUCCUCAUGAGUAUUCUUGUCUUGGCCAAGGCAACCUAGGAAAGUUUACAACUUGAUGCAAUUGGUAAAUUACAUAAUAAGUAAAUCUAUGUGUCAAAAGACUGUAAUUCUGUUCUGCAAUCCUGUAUUUGUUGGCA